CACAGUUAAGGGAGCGGUCCUUGGAGGGCAUAAAGUCUACACUGAUCCCCAAUCUCUUUUAGGAUGGGGUACUAGACCCACAAAGGCAAAGUGAUUUGGCCCAGGACUCUGAGAAUUUCUCUAGAGGUGGGGGUUAGGUCCACAAUCUCACUGAGAGAGCCUGCAGCAGAGUUACUUUGCAGCGGCGUCGGGGGAGCUGACAGAGGCUAGGGAUGAACCCCAUCCCAGCUCCUGCCUGAUGUACUCUACGAGAUGCAGGAACCACAGACGUAGUCUCUGAUCUGCAAAGAGCUUGAGUUUCUUGGAUUUAAGACCGCCAAGCUGGGCACUCCGCAGCCUCCACGUAUCCCUCGAAGAAGUGGGAAGCAGGUCUUUACAGCUGGAGCCCGUGUAGGUGGAGCAGAGCGUGGGCGGGGCUCAGGAUCGUCCGGCAAGAAUCUGCUGCUGCCCCACGCUCCAACCUGAGAUGACGGCCAGCAAGCGAGUGGCUAAAGAGCUGGACGAUCUUUCGAAGGAGCUUCCGCCAUACCUGCGCCACCUGUCUAGCGAUGAUGCCAAUGUGCUGGUGUGGCACAUGCUCCUGCUGCCAGACCAACUUCCCUAUCGCCUCAAGGCCUUCGGUCUGCGGAUUGAUUUCCCCAGGGAGUAUCCACUUAAGCCUCCCACUUUGAGAUUCACCACCAAGAUCUACCACCCCAACAUCAGUGAGGAUGGACUGGUGUGCCUUCCCCUCAUCAGCACUGAGAACUGGAAACCUUACACCAAGGCCUAUCAAGUCUUGGAGGCCCUCAACAUACUGGUGAGUAGACCGAAUCUGGAAGAACCUGUGCGUUUGGAACUAGCUGACCUCCUGACUCAGGACCCGGAGAUGUUCAGGAAGAAGGCAGAAGAGUUCACCCUUCAAUAUGGAGUGGACCGACCCUCUUAAUUCUGGUUCUGAAGCCUCUCUCCCUGGAUCUUCUGUGGAUGGAUAUCACAGGAAGGCCAUCCUGUGCCGAAGGUUUCCUUUGUAUUGCUAAUUAUGAAUAUUGUGCCCAGUGUGUAUGUAUGUGUUGGGGGGAACUGUGUGGUGGGUACUCCUUCCUGGAGUCAUCUGGCUGUAGAUGUACCAUUCCCACGUCCUCGGUGGCUCCAAAGCCAGUGGACGGACGUUAGGUAUGCACAGUUUCAGGCCUGCUUUCUAGAUAAUCCAUCUUAGGUCACCUUCAGGUCAAUUGGCAGAAAAUUGAAUGCCCCAGGGCCUGGGCACCAAGGGGUGAGAAGGCAGGACUCUGCUUGGAAGACAGGGCCUCCAGAAGGUGCCGGAUUUACUGCUGAGUGAUUGAAAUCAACCCCAUUGUAAUUGAAAACGUUAAACAUUUUAUUUUCUGUUGAUGACUCACAAAAUAAAGUAACUAACCUCCACCCAGAA